AUGGAAGCACAAGCAAACAGCUUUGACUUUUCAGACUUUGAAGAAAUCGACACCUCGGAAUGUCCGGACGCCGGACAGCCCUCGGCGCUGCCGAACAACCACGUACUGAGCCAGCUCUCCAAGCCUUCAAUGUCUUUAACAGACGAUGGCCACCCGCCAUGGCAGGGUCAUCGAGACAAACUCGUCGGUCUUGUGGACAUGGGAAGCAACGGGAUUCGAUUUUCCAUAAGCGACCUCUCCAAGCCGUUGGCCCGGAUCCUCAACCCAGUCAUAGUAUAUCGUUCGUCGAUCUCUCUCUACGAUGCACAGUUCGACCCCGAGACCGGACACCAGAUCCCCAUACCCGAGACAACCAUAGCUGCUGUAUGCGAAGCCUUGGAACGCUUCAUGGUCGUAUGCAAAGACUUUGACGUCCCCGAGGAGCAAAUCUACUUUGUGGCCACAGAAGCCACGCGCCUGGCCAAGAACUCAGCCCAGCUCGUGGAAUCGAUCAAAGCAACCACCGGCAAGAAUGUUGAGCUGAUAGAAAAAGAAAUGGAAGGCCAAAUUGGCGCCCUGGGCAUCGCGAGCGGCUUCUUGACCAUGGAAGGACUGGUCAUGGACCUCGGCGGAGGCAGCACGCAAAUCACCUGGAUCAUCAGUCGACAAGGUCACAUCAGAACCAGCACACACGGAAGCUUCAGCUUCCCCUAUGGCGCAGCAGCCCUGACCAAGAAGCUCCAAGACAUCAAGAAAGACAAGGACGAGAAGGAUGUCCAACGCGCCAUGGACCAGCUCCGAAACGAAAUGGUCGCUAACUUCACCGACGCCUACCACCGGCUUCAGGUACCGCAGGCCAUGGUGGAAAGGGCGCAAAGAGAGGGAGGAUUCCGGAUUUACCUCUCGGGGGGUGGCUUCCGAGGCUGGGGCUACCUGCUUCUGUACCUCGACCAGUCGCACGGGAGCCAUUAUCCCAUAUCCAUCAUCAACGGAUACACUGUGGGGAGGGAGCAGUUUGAAGACACCAAGUCGAUAGAGAAGGCCGCCAAGGCCGCGCGUGACAUAUUUCGCAUCUCGGACAGAAGACGCUCGCAAGUCCCCGCGGUCGCUUUCCUGGUCAAUGUUCUUGCCGAGGCGAUACCGUUGGGGAUCAGGGAGGCUCACUUCUGCCAGGGUGGUGUCAGGGAGGGCUAUCUGUUCAGAGAGCUUCCUGCGUCGAUUCGAAGAGAGGCGCCGCUGGAGGUGAUUACGAGGAAUUUCGCCCCCGGGUCCAGGCUAGAGAUUCAAGAGCUCAUCAAGGGAGCCAUCCCGGACACGUCCAAGGACGGCAGCAAGCGAUUCCCCCCGGAGUUUGGGGGCCACGUCAUGGAGGCCUUCACCAACGUCAUGUACGUCCACAUGUUCAUGUCCAAGGAGACAGCCUCCACUGCGGCGCUCUAUUCGACAAGCUCUGGCAUCAUAGCAUCUACGCUGGGCGUAUCUCACCAGGACCGUGCACGGCUUGCCUUGAUGCUCCAAGCGAGGUAUCGCGGGGAGCUCCCGCCGCGGGAGGUUGAAUUUCGAGAUGCCCUCCGGAGCAUCAUCAGCCCAGAGGAUGUCUGGUGGGCCCAAUACCUGGGCCGGGUCGGUUAUGUCAUUACUUGCCUGUAUCCCUCGGGCAAAGUUGAUCCCUCCAACUUGAAAGUCCUCUUCUCCUCCUCGUGGUCAUGGACCCUAGGCAAAAAUGGGAGGAAAGAGGGCCUUGUGCUAAAAAUUUCUAUCAAAAAGGUCAAGCAUGAUCCUGAGAAGCUGAAAAAAGUUGUGACAGAUAACAUGCACGUAAUCGAAAAGGCAGGGAAGAAGAAGAGUUGGGUUGGUAAAGACAAGCCAUGGGGGAUGAAGGUUGAGGUCAGGGUGGCCGAGGAGCAGAUAUUCUAA